ACUCACCCGACUCUUAUAAACAACCAAUUGCUUAAACGCACCACAAAGCGCUUCUUCCACUUUUUCUUUUCAUCUCAAAAAUUGAAAUUUCACCGUCAAAGCUUUUUCCCCUCAGGUUCGAGCUCUGAAAUGGCAACCGAGAAUAACAGUUCCAGGGUCGGAUCUGGAUCCGGAUCUUAUACUGUCAACGGCGACGCGGCUCCUGACCGCAAGAUCGCGUUGAUCACUGGCAUCACCGGUCAAGAUGGUUCCUACCUGACCGAAUUCCUCCUCAACAAAGGCUAUGAAGUCCAUGGCUUGAUCCGCCGCUCUUCCAACUUCAAUACGCAGCGUAUCAACCACAUCUACAUUGAUCCACAUAACGCCCACAAGGCUCGGAUGAAGCUCCAUUACGCUGACCUCACCGACGCUUCCUCGCUUCGUCGCUGGCUCGAUACUAUUAGACCCGAUGAGGUUUACAAUCUGGCGGCUCAAUCUCACGUGGCCGUCUCUUUUGAGAUCCCUGAUUAUACAGCUGACGUGGUGGCUACGGGAGCUCUUCGCUUGUUGGAAGCCGUUAGAUCCCACAUCGCCGCCACGGGUCGGACCCAUAUCAAGUACUACCAAGCUGGAUCGUCCGAAAUGUUCGGAUCCACCCCUCCUCCGCAAUCUGAACACACCCCGUUUCACCCCAGAUCUCCAUACGCAGCUUCCAAAUGCGCCGCGCAUUGGUACACUGUGAAUUACAGGGAAGCUUACGGGCUUUUCGCAUGCAAUGGGAUUCUUUUUAACCACGAGUCCCCGAGGAGAGGAGAGAAUUUCGUGACCCGGAAAAUCACCCGGGCCGUUGGGAGGAUCAAGAUUGGGUUGCAAAACAAGUUGUUUUUGGGGAACCUUCAAGCUUCGAGGGAUUGGGGUUUUGCCGGGGAUUACGUGGAAGCUAUGUGGAUGAUGCUGCAACAAGAGAAGCCGGACGAUUACGUCGUGGCGACGGAGGAAUCGCAUACGGUGGAGGAGUUUUUGCAAGUGGCAUUUGGGUAUGUUGGGUUGAACUGGAAAGAUCAUGUUGUGAUUGAUAAGAGGUAUUUUAGGCCUGCCGAGGUGGAUAACCUGAAAGGUGAUUCAAGUAAGGCAAGGAAGGUUCUUGGGUGGAAACCCAAAGUUGGGUUUGAGCAAUUGGUGAAGAUGAUGGUUGAUGAAGAUAUCGAGUUGGCUAAGAGGGAGAAAGUACUGGUCGAUGCUGGUUAUAUGGAUGCCCAACAACAGCCUUAAUUUACUGUGCCAUCCAAAAUUUUCUUCUUUGAUGAUAUAGUUGGUGUUUAAGAAGAGGGUAUUUAUUUAAAUGUUUAAUUUAAUUUAAGUUUUAUGUAUCCAUUUAUUUCCUAGAAGUUCCUUCAUAAUGAUGUUACUCUGAAAUAUUUUCAUUUUGAUCGAGGAUAGCCUGAAAUUUGCUGUUAAGUUUGAUUAUGCCAUGAGAAUUCUGGAAAUGAAUCUAGAUCCCAUCACUUGAGUUUUGAAUGUA